GAACCGGAAGUCUUUUCUGUUGUUGCUGCGGGCAACACCGCCUGUAAGCGUGCUAGCUUAACGGUGAAAUCGUGCAGUCGGGUCUGACGGCAGAUGUUGUGUUAAGCUUCAUGGUAAUUAAAUAUUCUUGGUGAGAUUUGUGCACACAUGUUUGUGGAUUUCGUCUUAAAAUGUUGGAGACUUCGACUUCAGCCUCCAGCCGCACAAACAUCAGCUGACAAUGCAGAUCAACCUCUGUUGCCUGCUGCUACCGAUUGAACCGGGUUUGCUCCCUGUGCUGCUGCUAACUGAGAUGGACCAUCAUGAAAACUAAAUAUAGUACAACAAGCUUAAUGGGCUUAACGUUGCUAAAGCUCCUGACAACAAGGCUAAUGCACGAUGUGAUUGGCUGCUCUUGUAAACAGAUGCAUUUAAAUUAAGGUCGUCUCAUUCCUCUAGUAUUACACUAAUGGGGACCUCAAACCCAUCACUCCUAAAUGAACCAUAAAUUCUUCUGCUGAGAGAGGCUGGAAAGUAAACUCAGCUGCCAUGCGUAUCAGUCUCUGCCAGGGCCUGUUGACUGGUGCCAUCAUCCUCAACCUCUUAAUUCUCUACUAUGUGUCCCGGGCCCAGCAGCAAAUGAUGGAGAAGAGGAAGGAGCUCGGCAGAGGCACCAGGAGGGCUUCCCUCCCAGCUUCUGGUCUCGGGGGAGGCCUGGGGGUGCUUGUAGGAGCUGGAGGUGAGCCUGGGGUGGUCGGAGUGGAGGGACACGGCCGUGGUCCACGUGUGACUGUUCUUCUUCGAGAGUUUGAAAACUUUGAGAAUUAUGUUGGGGAUGUGGCGAACUCAUUCCUCCAUCAGAGACCUGAGCUUCCCUUCCUGGCUGUGGCCGACACCUUUCCGUACCCUCCCCUGGUGCUUCCAGAUGGGGCACGGCUUCUGGUGCUCUCCCCCACCCCAGACCAGCCACCGCAAGUUCACAGGCCAGAGUUCCAUGUCCAGACAGAGUUUGUGCUGCUGGUGCCUGAUGGGGUGGAGUUGGAGCAACCUCGGGCUAUUGAGAGACUUAUAAGGGAGUUGGAAGGUGAGGGUGGGGGACCUGUGAGAUUGGUAGCUGCGCCUGUGCUUGCUCGAUCUGCUGUGCAGUGUCUCCAUCUACGGGUGAACCUCAGGGAGUGGACAGCUACCUACUCGCCGGCUGCAUCUGGGAGCAGUGGGAGUGUGUGCACAGCUUUACAAGGAGAUGCGGUCGUCCUCAUUCGCACUGAGGAUCUGUUUAACCUCUCUGUACCUCUGGGGCGUCCCCUCUUCUCCUCGCUCUUUGUUCAGACUGCACUGAGAGGCUGGAAGGUCAAGCUGCUGGAGAGCCCAUGUUUCUCUGCUAACCACCGUCCCCUCUUCAGCUCCGCUCACAACCAGUGGAAGGCCGACACUCGACUGAAGGACGCCACCGGGAAGAUCAUGAGGAGCUUUGGUCUGAAGCGCCUCCUGUUGCCUGAUGGGAAGGAACAGUGGUAUGGCUGCAGUAAAGAGACACCUCGCUGCUUUGGCACUGUGCAGGAUGAUACUCCAGACUACCUUUAUCUGGAUCGCUGGACACCUCCAUGCUGUCUGCGUGCUCUCAGGGAAACCACGAAAUAUGUUAUCAAUAUCCUGGAGACCUCGGGUGUGCGCUACUGGCUAGAGGGGGGGACCCUACUGGGGGCUGUCCGCCAUCAGGACAUCAUCCCAUGGGAUUAUGAUGUGGACCUAGGCAUCUACCUGGAGGAUGUACCCAACUGUGAUCACUUGAAGAACCUGGACUCAGGCUCUCUUGUGGAUGCUAAUGGCUACGUCUGGGAGCGUGCAGUAGAAGGAGACUUCUACAGAGUCCAGUACAGUGAGGCCAACCACCUGCAUGUUGACCUGUGGCCAUUUUAUCCACGUAAUGGUGUCAUGACCAAAGACACAUGGACAGAGCACAAACAAGACGUGGAGUUCCCAGAGCAUUUUCUGCAGCCACUGGUGCCCAUGUCCUUUGCCGGCAUCACCGCCUACGGUCCAAACAACCACAGAGCCUUCUUGGAGCUCAAGUUUGGAGAGGGGGUUAUUGAGAAUCCUCAGUAUCCCAACCCUGCAAAAAAGAGGCUGGACAGAAGCAAAUUAUGAGCGAUGACUGAGACUCAAAAGCUCUCUUAUACUGUGCUGGAUUUGUUUACCUAACAGCACAGAGAGUCUUGCCUCACCUUAAUAUUUAAAAAAAAAGCCUAAAAGAUGAUGCCUGGAAACUAUUAAGGUGCCAAAAUGACUGCAUUUUACUGAAGUUUAGAUCCACACACUAGAGCGUUUACAUCAGGCAAACCUCAAAGAGUAAACGACUGGUUUUACUACAGGUUGUACUAAAUCUAUAUGCGUUGUAAGAUAAAUAUGACUGCUGUAAAGAUAAAUACUUAAAUAAAAAUAAAUACAAACUUUUUGUUAAAAGCUACAAUGUACAUGAUCUUAAAUAGGUGAUUUUGUACAGAAUUAUUUAAAAACUAAGUGGUUUUACCCCUAAGAGGUGUUGACUGUGUUGCAUUGAUUUGCACUCUUUCGGUUUUUAAGUUUUGCAGUUUAUGAAUGAAUGUUUCUGCAUAUCGAUGCCAUUUGGUACCUGACAGGUUUCGUAUGGCAAAUGAAUUUCCAUUUGGUGAAACAAAAAACACGCCAUCAUUCGUCCUGUUAUUGUUGGUAUGUGAAGAGGAUGACAUGUUGCUCUAUCAGGCCUUAGUAUUCACUUAAAAACAGAAAGCCUUGACUGAAUAUGUAAAUUAAUAUUAACCCUCAAGCUCAGUUACUCGUGGUUACUACUGAGCACCUAUUAUCUAUUGACUAAACUGGAACUUCAGUUCAGUAGAUGGUUCAAAAAACAUUUUUCAAGAGAAGCCGCACAUAAAAAAAACACACCAGCUUAUUGUAUGUCAUGUUUCCUCCUGUGUUGUUACUUGUAUGUGAUGUAUCAAGGUGUGUCACUCCAUUUCAUGAACUGGUAAAAUAAAGGUGGAACAGAUAUAAUUUUA